AGGAAAUAAACACGCUACGUACCACCGGCGCGCGCGGGGCCGGACACGGAAAAAAACAUACCUACCUUAUUCUACUCCAUCCAGCACCAACCAGCGUCAAACGAUCCACGACUAACUUCAUAUUUACCGAUUUUUUUAGUUCCAUUGACCUGUUUUUGACAGAAAGAAUGGCUUAUCCAGGCUACGGCGCUCCUCAGGCACAUGCUCCUCCAGUGGCUGAUCCACUAUGGGGAUGGUUUCAAGCUGUGGCAGGCCAAGAUGGGCAGAUUGAACCAGUUGAGUUACAGCAGUGCCUUACAGCCUCUGGCAUAGCAGGAACAUAUCAACAGUUCAGCCUGGAGACUUGCCGUGUAAUGAUAGCUAUGCUGGACCGAGAUUACUCCGGUAAGAUGGGGUUUGCAGAGUUCAAGGAACUAUGGACUGUCAUUAACCAAUGGAAGCAGACGUUCAUUCAGUUUGACACUGACAGAUCAGGAACAGUACAGGGACAUGAGCUGCAUAAUGCAAUCAAGAGUUUUGGUUACAACUUGUCUCCACAAUGUCUUGGUGUGUUGAUCAGACGGUAUGAGAAGUCUGGUCAUAUCACCUUUGAUGACUUUGUGUCUUGUGUGGUACGCUUAAGAGCACUCACAGCCACUUUCCAGAGUAGAGACACACAGCGAAAUGGUUACGCAAAUUUCCAGUAUGAUGAUUUCAUCAAGUCUGUCUCUUGCCUGUAGGAGGACGACUGAUCGCUAUCCUAUGACAAGCCCAUAGUUUGUUAGGUUUAUUUUGUUAUAUCUCGGGGUUUAUUUCUUAUAUUAUCUCUGGGUUAUUUUCUUACAUCUUAAAAUUGUCCUUAAAAUAUACGAUCUUACCAUCCAGCUACCAAUUUCACGAAACUUUACGCCACUGUUUAAGUCCACUUGCACAAUGUAUAAACGUUGCGCAAGUGGAUUACACAGCUGCAGGGAUGGAAGACAAAACCCUAAUAUUUCCUCACUUAUAAGUCGGAGGGUUUUGUUCACUGUUCUUCAGGACAAGCCAAGUAUUACAUAUAAAACAAAGUAUUUUCUAGAUUUACAUUUUAAAAUUUGCACAACUAAAACAUUAGAAAACAAGGAGAUGAUUAGCAGUUCAUCUUGUUUAAGAUUUAAGUCUUUCAUUUCGAUUGAUAUUACCACUCAACAUUUUUGUGAAUUUCCAUAAUAAAGGGCCAAAGGUCAUGUACUUCAGAGAUGUUAAUUUUGCAUUAGGGAUAAAGAAAUUAAUUUAGAUUUUACCCUUACACUGAUGUGUAUUAAACAAGGUUUAUGUAUACUCGGUACUUUCGCGAGUUCUUUGAAAAAAAAUCCACAGGCAAAUCACUCGUUUGGUAUUUGAACUCACGACCUUUGUACUGCAAGAGCAGGUGUCUUAACACUAGCCCACUGAGCUAAACCCAAGGCUGUUUAUAGUCAUUCCAGUUUCAUAGAGUUCAUUGAACAAGCUCAAAAGUUUUAAGGAAAACUAAAUUACGUGGUUAUGACAAACUUAAAGCUAAGUGUGUUUAUCUAGAAAUUAAAACUUCAAUUUUGUAGUAGACCCUUCCCACGAAAUAAUGUAAAUUGCAAGUCAUGCGUGCGCACUAACACUUUGGUUGGCAAAAUGAAAGAACAUUGUGACUGUUUGUAAUGGGAUGAUAGUGGCGUGACGCAGACGGGUUUGGCGUCUACUUAAAGUGCACGUCUCUAUGGCGUUUGCCAACCAACAGUGUCUGUGCACAUGUUUGAAUGUAAUAAGGGUAUUUCAUGUGAUGGGUCUAUUGUAAUGUACCUGUACACAUAGAUAUAGAUGUUCACUUUUUAUUUUUAACUUAAACUACUUGUAUUUUCAUUUUGUUCGUUUUGUCUUAAUUUCUAAAGAGAUGGUUAUAAGCAGCUGGUUAUAAGUAACUGAUAAAUAGACCCUUUUCGAAACCACAGCUUUGGCUCCAGAUUCGACUCAGGAUAGCUUUGCUCUGUUGUUGUUUUGAUAAUUGCACGUGCUUUGCUACGUGCUCAAGGCUUCAGAUGUGAGAACGGAGCCUGAAGCUGGAUCGAAAGCCGAAGCAGUGGAUUUGAAAAGGUCCAUAGACAUGCUUGAUAGGCGGUAGUCUUGGUGCAAGGCGAUCUUGUUUCUUAUCACUCAACUAUCGUGUUUCACACUAUCCAAACUAUCGUACCCGUUGGGUGGAACCCUGUGUGAAAUUUAGGAACGUCUUUCAUCGAGACUUACUUAUAAGUAGCCAAGGAAGUGCAGCCCAAGAAAACACAGUUUAAUGUUCACAAAUAAAACAUGUUUUUAAUAUCAUUCAAAUAUGGAGCACAUACAUGUAGGUUUUUCUUUUUAGUCUUGGGAUGGAUUUUAUUGCUUUGUAAAAUCAACACCUGGACUAUAAUAAUGUAGUUUUACUAUACACACUGUUACUGACCAUGAACAAAACAUACUUUGAACUGUGCCUAUGUAUCAUUUAAACAAGUAUAUUGUGAGAAAAGUAAAAUCAAUCAUGUAGUUGAAUAAAAAUAUAGUUAAUAGUGUCUAUUUCGACAAUUGAUUCGUGUACACAAUUCAUUGCAUAAAACAAAUUAUAUUACAUUUUCUAUAUAUUUUACUUAAAUGCUUGUUGUAUGGCUAAAUGAUAGCAAGGAUAUAGUUUACUGCCAGAACCUGCUGAAGAAUAAAUUUCCAAACAACUUUAACAACUAUUCACUCCUUGCUGUUCAGAUCUAUUUAGAGCCUCUAAUUGUGGACAGCACUGAACAGAAGCAUUGUAUAACCCCUGUAUUGCAUGAUAAUGCAAUGACACCUUUAUGCAAACAUGUGUACAGUUAUAAAGUGGUACAUUGUAAACAAUUGUUUUUAUAACAGCUCUAUAGAAACAUAUACAAUACGACAAAUGAUAAUAUCAAUGUUUUACAUGUAUUUUUGGUCAUCGUUUGCAUUUCAGUUUUUUUUCUCCAAAUCUUUUAUUAUUGAACAAAAGUUAUAAUGGCAAACAAGGUUAGGUUAGAAGCAGUGAUGUAAGACAAUGUUCAAUUGUAGAAUUGCAUUUUUUAUUGAUUCUCAUGAGAAUAAUAAACUUGUAUAACUUUGAAGUUCACCUUCAA